UUGACCAUUGGUGUAGCUAGUGGUGAGAGGUGAUGGAAGGAUCGGAUCGCGAUUCAGAGGGUAGCAAAGGUGGAUCGGGGUUGAUUGCUGCUAGCCUCCAGCAAACGCCGCCACCGAUUGUUUCUGGAAAUGGUGGAGGAGGUUGCGGUGGAGUCCUCGGAUCAGUGGACAAGGUCAAGUUCACGGUGUCUGUGAGGGGGCACCAGUGGAGCUCGGCGCGACAUGUGAAUGAGACUCUGCAGGAAUUCGCCGCAACGAUACAGCGCAAUGCUCGGCGGCUUGAGUUCAUCGAGGAACAGGACACCAUCCAGCGUUUGCAAUUAUCGUACCUUGAUGGCUCAGAACCAGAGGAUCUCGACGUGGAUGCAACGCUCGGUGACGUAAUAAUUUGCAUGGGCAACAAACAACUUGUCGCCAUUGUAAAUCCCACCAAGGCUCCCCUCAGUGGCAAUGGAUGCCUUGAUGCCGAAAUUUCGGGAUCUGCGUCACCUAUGAGAUUACUUGGUGUGCAUCAGAAGCCCAAGAGUAAAUCCGACACUGCUAUAAACAACUACAACCUCCCUCCCACGUCCUGCUCUCCAGACUCAAACGGUAUUGGCACGGAGUCUCCACGAAUAGGCCCCAGGUUUAUGCACCUAGGUCAUUACAAGCCGCCCUACAGAAGUAACCAUUCGAAGCUUGCCACUGAACCUUCUACACAGGGAUUGAAGAUUGCUAUUCCCCCUGCUGAUCCCCCGUCUCUAUCGUUUCAAGAGGACAGAUUUUGCUCCUUCCAUGCAGAUUAUGCCACUGAGCGGCUGGCAGGAAGCUUGCCCCCAUUGGAAACUUCAAGAAUGAACUACAUUAAUGGCAAAGCCAUGAUGUGUGGGGGCAGAGACGGGCACGGGACCUCCACGCAUUUCUCUCCCAAUCCCACUCCAAGUCCUGCUGAGCUUGCACAGAUGCUUGUUAGGAGCUCAUCUCAUCCCCACCCACGAAUGCAGCAGCAACACGCUGGCUAUGGGGGCGGUGCUAUGCCUACCAUACCAGGAGUAGUGCAAUGCAACCGAUCUGCAACGUCCACUCCAAAUGCUAACGGAGGCUUUCAAUCGUUUGCAUCCGCGAUGCACAGUCGAUUGCCAAUGAUGCCCAACAACAACGUCAACAUGCAUUGUCCACAUGGUGCCACAACCAACAUUGCCUUGCUGGCCCAGUUUUUGGCGUCGCAGCUUAGGGCGUUUGUACCUGCAGAGGAGGCAGCGCAUCCAGCAGUAGAUGUGACGAAUUUUUCCCCGAGCAGAGAAAACAAGUAUUGCUCUCAGCUUAAAAAUGCGAAUCCUCGCAUUAGCAUACCUCCACCUAAAGUAUGCAAUGGCCCAACAGCAGAGAAGGAGAAUUAUCCUGAAGCCUUAGGAACCAUUGUUGAGAAUGGGUCACCGAAAGAUUUCACUGGAAUUGUGAAAUUACCUGUCAGUGGGUCGCAUGAUAAGGAUGAAUCGUCGUCAUCAGCGAAUGUGAACACCACAGUAGCACCUUCUAGUGAUGGUGUUGAUAGCGAGCAUCCAAACGGCCAUUCAGAUUUAGUAUUCUUGGUGAACAGAAGGAGCAAGAGGGGAGUCGGAACACAUCAUUUAAAAUUGUCGGAUUUGUCCACAUACUUUCAUCUCAGCGUUGUCGAGGCUGCCAAAAAGCUUGGAGUUUCCCAAACAACAUUGAAGAAAGCAUGUAGAAAGUUUGGUCUGAAGCGUUGGCCUGGCCGCAAGGUGAGGAGCUUAGAGAGCACAAUCCACGGGCUAGAGCACACAAUUGCUGUGGGCCAAGGGGCUGGUUUGGAGGAGUUAACUGAAGCAUAUAUGCGAUCGGAAGUUUCCAAAUUGCAACAAGAGAUGAACCAACUAGUGCACGGGACUCCUGCCCAGCAUUCUCCGGCGGUGAGAACCGCGGAUUUGUACAAGCGCCUAUAUUCGCGAGGGUGGCGUUCAAAAUACCACAACUCAAGUCGACACGACCUUGAUCUCAGCAACACUAUCCACGAGAAUCGGCCCUCUGAACUGGUGCAAUCGGCUAAAAAAGCAACUGAGACGAUGACUAAGAUCGUAAACUCAGCGUGCAAGGUUUUGGAGGGCGGUCAAGCAAACAAAUCGCGGGCAGAAAGGCUUGUCCUGUGCGAAGACUCACUUAACCAGCAGAACCAAACGACAUGCGUCUCUGCAGUUAAGGAGCUUGAUAAUGGGGAUCAAUUAAGAGAGUCAAGGAAGGAGACCGCAUUCGAGGAACCCAGCACUCCAGUUAAUGUGCCAGUUCACAAUGGUGCCGGUGUCAACUGCGCCAACGACAAUGCAGAGAAAUCAUGUCCCGAGAAAGUGAUCCCUAAGGAGAAAGAGAUCAUAUUUCCAGAGAGAAGUCCCAAAAGGCCCAAAAGAGAGUGCAGAACUGCUGCGGAAGGUGCAGUGCGACAGGGCUUACGAUCCAGCACUUGUGCAAUGUAGACUUGCAGCCAAUGCAAGAUGGCAUGUUCCAGCAAUUCAAUUUAUCGCAUUGCUUGAGAUUGCAGUCUCUUUCCCAAGUCGAUGAGCCACGGUUCAAGAGAUCAGAACUACUAAACUCUGUUUUCACGAUAACAUGCAACAGACACUUGUGAAUGUCUCUUUCGGCUGUUUCUCCUGGUAGAAGUCACUGAAACUAAGACAUUUGGAGCAUGCAUGAUUGGUAGUUUCACCACUGGAACGCCUCUCUUCGCCGACGAACACUAAUGUGUUCAAGUUGUAUUCUCACUCUCAGUUGUUUCAACUGAUGACGAACCCUGUAAACGCUUUACUAAUGUCGACAUGGUUGAAGUUUCCCAA